AUGGCGGAUUUGAUUUGCCUACCUCUAGCUCAUCUUGAUGUGAUAUUGGGAAUGGACUGGUUAUCUACCAACCAUAUCUUUCUAAACUGCAAAGAGAAGAUGCUAGUAUUUGGUGGAAAUGUAAUUCCAAAUGAACCAUUGAAGGAGAAUGCUGCCAACGAUGAAGUGGAGGACGUUCGAACCUACAUGGUGCUGUUUUCCAUGAAUGUGGAGGAAGUCUCUGAAGUUAGCAGUAUACCGGUGAUGUCAGAAUUCCUAGAGGUCUUUCCUGAUGACAUUUGUGAAUUACCAUCUGAGAGAGAGGUAGAAUUCAUUAUUGACUUGGUGCCCAUGGUGAAUCCAGUGUCGAUCGCACCCUAUAGGAUGUCUCCAGUAGAACUAGCAGAGGUGAAGGCACAAGUGCAGGAUCUCUUAAAUAAGCAAUUUGUUCGCCCAAGCGUAUCGCCGUGGGGAGCGCCAGUCUUAUUGGUUAAAAAAGAAGGAUGGAAGCAUGAGGAUGUGUGUAGACUAUCGGCAGCUGGACAAAGUCACUAUCAAGAAAAAAAUAUCCCCUACCGAGGAUAG